AUGUCGUUUGCGUUCGUUGUCACGGCGGUGCUUCUGGGCUCUUCAGUCACCAUGGCUUUUGUGUUACAUCAGGCUAAAGAUGAACCUGCAACUUCUGCUGAUGCUUCUGUUUCCCAUCACAGGUGUCAGGGUGAGUCACUGCAGUCCAUCAGGAAGAGUCUCCUCAAGGCUCUCAACAUUCAGACUGAGCCGCAGCUACCUGCUGGUUUUCUCAACAGUGUCAGAGAACAGUGGAGGAGAACCUUCAGCACCAUUUCUAACCAAGCCGUGUACACCACAAUUCCAGCAGCUGAUGAUUACUCUGUGUCACCUGACAGUACAAACAGCACAAGCUUGACGUGCUGCUCCAUGGCCUCUGAGAUCUUCAUGAAAGAUCUGGGUUGGGACAGCUGGGUGAUCCAUCCUCUGAGCCUCACCAUCGUUCAGUGUGCACUCUGCAACUCUGACAUGAACUCUGUGCAAUGUCCAUCAUCCCACUCCAGUGUUCAUGAUGUAAAAUCACAUGUUCCAUGUUGUCAGCCAACCUCCCAGGAAACGCUGCCCAUCGUCUACAUGGAUCAAUCCAGCACCACUGUCAUUUCCUCCAUGCAGCUGACCCGCAGCUGUGGCUGUGGACCCGGCAGUGUCCAGCAGCCAAACACAGAGUAG